AUGGUCGCCAAGAAGCUGUUUUUCAAGGGGGUGAAUUUGGGCAAGGCCGUCACCCUGAGCCUCUACCUCACCACUCGCUCCGGCGACCUCAUCAAUGAGGAUAAAUCUUACACCGUAGGCAUGCCUCGCGCUCCAUGGAACGUCGUCGACAUGCCUGCGAAUGGACAAUACGAACAGGAACUGACUUGGACGGGAAGAAUCGGAUUCUUCGAUCCCGAAGCCGAUGUGAAUUCACCUGUGAAGUAUAAAUAUAUACCCGACUCUGAGAUUCAGCUGCUCAACAGCCUUACCCCUGUGCAAUACCACCCUGCUGAGUUGCUUGCAUACACGUUCGCUGAGCCCCACAUUUCCCCGCUGCUGGUUCAGGCGGUCGACAACAACGGGAAGCCUUCGGACAUUUCGCUGAAACUGAUAGAAUAUUCCGGCACCCCGCAGGAGAUCGCCCAUCCCAUUUUCACUUUCAAGAGUAACCGGGACGGUCUCUCCGUCCACGGGAAUCCUGAUCGGCGCAUGCUCAGCGUCCACAUCUCGCCCAGCCAGCAAGAUGCUGCGCUGGCCAAGCCGAACGGCGGCGGACCUAUCGGCACGCCCAUCGGGAAGUUCGACAUGCUCAACCUCGACCCCAGCGCGAGCAUCCUGAUCCAAUACAACGCGAGUACCGGCGCAUUCACGGCCUCGAUCGACCCCAGCAUCGCGACCGUACAGCCGAUUUCUGAUAAGGCGCUCCCGACCCCAGACGACAAGCUGGACCCGAAGAAUGGCAAUCAGAAGUCUCAGCAAACUCUGGAGCGGACCGACGCACAGCAGGCGAAGGACAAUGCCUGA